AUGACGGCGAGUGCAAGGCCGGGACAGAUGAAUGCUUCCACUGUGGGCAGAAGGGACAUUUCGCCAGAGCCUGCCCAAGUAAGACGAUUGGGACGGGAGGACGGCGUUCGCAACUGCGGGCACUCUAGGCUGAACAAGAGAAAGAGAGUGCUACGCCUGAGACUUCCCCCACAGGCAAGAGCCUUUGCACUGCAGCAGAAGCAGACUAAGGCCGAGAAAGGAAAACGGGAGCAAGGAAAUUUGGCAGGUAUGGGAACUCUCCUCAACGUACCUAUCGCCAUUUUAUUUGAUACCGGUGGAUCGCACUCCUUUAUAGCAGCACCUUGUGUGGAUACUUUGAACUUGCCUACGGAUGUGAUGGAACAUAGGAUGAGGGUGUCCUCAACCGUAGGAGGCCUUAUAGACAUCACACGAACAUGCUCAAACGUAAAAUUUUCUAUGGGAAAUCUGAACCUAGUAGCUCACAACUUACAUGUGAUGUCGAUGUGGAGCGUCAACAUCAUACUAAGAAUGGAUUGGUUAGCUGAAAACUACACGACCAUCCGUUGCAAGGAGAAACAGAUAGCAUUACAGUACCCCGGGAUAGAACCCGUAAUUUUCCAUGGGAUCUCCAUGAGGAAAAGAAAGUCGAGUAUUUCUGCCCUACAAGCAACGGCCAUGAUGAGAAAGGGAUGUCCUGCAUACCUCGUCUACUUGAACGAAGAGGAGAAAAAGGACAAGAAAAUCGAGGACGUAGCGAUAGCACGAGAAGACCCCGACGUCUUCCCAGAAAACUACCAGGCUUGCCGCCUGACAGGCAAGUGGAGUUUACCAUCGAUCUAG